AUGAGCCUUCGAAAAAGUCCGAUCCUCGCCCAUUUUACUUUUGCUAGCAUUGUUCUCAUACUUCUUCUUCAGCCUCCUCACUUUUUCAAACAAUUGGGUCUUGCUAACAUCAAUGUGCAACGAUUUCUUGAUGAAAUCAUAAAAAACAUUCAUAUCAACGAGUGGAUCAAACCCUUUUUUGCAAUCCGCAAAGAGAAAUCUCUCGGCCUCUUGUGCUCCAAGUUUCUUAACUUUUAUAAUCAAGAUGGCGUGGACUCGAUUGGAUUGGAUGAUGCUGCAAAUCGAUUAGGUGUUGAGCGGAGGCGAGUUUACGAUAUUGUCAACAUAUUAGAAAGUGUUGGUGUAUUAUCAAGAAAAACGAAGAAUCAGUAUUUUUGGAAAGGUUUUAGUGCAAUCCCACGGGCUUUAGAUGAGCUUAAGGAAAAAGCAUUGAGAGAGAACUUCUGCACCUCAGGUGUCUUCCAUUCUGCCAAUGUUUCAAGUGUAAACCAUUGUGGAGGGCCUUCAAAUUCUAAAACUGAUAGGAAAGACAAGCCUUCUGUAUCAAAUAAAGUUGACAACAGGAAGGAGAUAUCUCUGGGUCUUCUUACGAUGAAUUUUGUCAAGCUUUUCAUUUGUUCCCACCUAAGCUACAUAUAUGAUUUGAUCUCUUUAGAUAAUGCAGCAACAGCAUUGCUUGGUGACAUCCACGAUCCAACAACUAUGAGAACAAAAGUAAGACGCCUUUAUGAUAUUGCAAAUGUCUCAUUGAAAAGACUCAGCACCCAGAGAGCAGGAAACUGGCAUUUAGAUGAUCACAAACACACUCUUUCUAAAAAAUCUAAGUCCGAAUCUUCAAUUGAUUGCAACUCAAACGAGAAAGCAGAUAUGCCAAUGCUUAUGAAACACAACAAUUCGAAAGAUAAACAUGACAGGAGCUCAUUGGAGCAGCAAGGAAGAUAUUCAUCCAAGGGUUCUGUAUUUGGCCCUUUCACUCCGGCCAGUGUGCCCAAAGUGGGAGAUUCAGGAAACAAAAAUGAAAGACGAGUUAACUUGGCUUCUUAUCGUCCUCAGUAUCACAACCAAGCUUUAAGUGACCUUUUUGCUCAUUAUGUUGCGGCAUGGAAGUCAUGGAAUGUCGAAGUUGAUGAGAAGAAACAAACGCAACAAGUAUCUUGAUCCCACUUAUUCUAACUUCAGAGAUAAUCAAGUGCAAGUUCAACAGAGAAUGCUAUACUAUGUUUCCCUUUCUUGACUAAGAGUUUUAAGCCUUAUGUUUGAUGCAUUUUCUUGAUGCACCAACCAGAAUAGCCAGCACCCGUCUAUUAACUCCUGACAUUAUAGCAUUGACGGUUUUAGUUUCUCCAAUUCACAGUUGUAAAUUGCAGUUUCUUAGCUUGGAUUUGAUGAACAUGCAAGGCCUUAAUGACAUGUUUAUAGAAAAAACUUAUUAACAUUUCCAACACUUCUUGGCAACUUGUACUGUGUUGUUUAGAUAUUUGUUUUAUGAAUAAUGUUAUAUAUACUAAUUAAUGUACACACUAGUAU